GGAGUCUCGUAGUCGUAGAUUGAACAAUCCAAUCAAAGCAACCCUAAUCUUCAUACUUCUAUAAGUCUGAGAACGCAAUUUCAUUUCUCAUACCUGUCCACCCCUGCGUUACUCUUAAUCGAAACGAUGUCUUCAGAAUCCCAGGAGCCUACUGUACCUCCGCAGUCGGAACAACCAGACCAUGAUGAUGAAGAAUCCAAGUCUACAAGCAAAAAAGCAGCUAAAAAGGAAGCGGCAAAGCAAGAGAAGCUACGCCGCCGCCAAGAAGCUGCCCUAGCUGCCGCCACGUCAUCUCUAUCAGUCGAUUCUGAGGAAGACCCGCUCGCCGUCAACUAUGGCGACGUCCCUCUUUUGGAGCUCCAGUCUAAGACCGUGGCUAACAUCUCCGAUUGGACUAAAGUCGAAGUUCUUAACAAUUUAUUGGAGGGCAAGUGGGUUCUGAUUCGGGGCAGAGCGCAGACGAUCCGUGCCGUGGGGAAGAAAAUGGCGUUCUUGGUUAUCAGGGAGAACGGGUUCACUGUGCAAUGUGUGGUGCAGGUGCAGCCCAAUCAAGUAAGCCCUCAGAUGGUGAAGUAUGCGGCCGCAUUGAGCCGUGAAUCUAUUGUCGAUAUCGAAGGGGUCGUCUCCGUGCCCGCUACUCCAAUCAAAGGCGCUUCACAGCAGGUAGAAAUUCAAGUGAGGAAAUUAUAUUGUGUGAACAGGGCUGUCCCAACUUUACCUAUUAAUAUUGAGGAUGCUGCUCGAAGUGAAAUGGAAAUCGAGAAAGCUCUUCAGGCCGGUGAGCAACUUGUUCGUGUCAAUCAGGAUACGCGUCUAAACUAUAGGGUUCUUGACAUUCGAACGCCAGCCAAUCAAGCAAUUUUCCGCAUUCAAUCUCAAGUUGGAAAUGUAUUCAGACAAUUCUUAUUAUCUGAAGGCUUUGUUGAAAUUCACACCCCAAAACUGAUUGCCGGGUCUAGUGAAGGAGGUGCUGCUGUCUUUAGACUGGAUUAUAAGGGGCAACCUGCGUGCCUUGCCCAGUCACCUCAGCUUCACAAGCAAAUGUCAAUUUGUGGUGAUUUUGGCCGUGUUUUUGAGAUUGGUCCUGUCUUUAGAGCGGAAGACUCCUUCACUCAUAGACAUCUGUGUGAGUUCACAGGUCUUGAUGUUGAAAUGGAGAUUAAGAAGCAUUAUUUUGAGGUUAUGGAUAUAGUUGAUAGGCUAUUCGUGGCAAUGUUUGAUAGUUUAAACAAGAACUGUCAGAAGGAUCUGGAAGCUUUGAGAAGGCAAUACCCAUUUGAACCUUUAAAGUAUUUGCGACAGACUCUGCGCCUUACGUAUGAAGAAGGGGUUCAGAUGCUCAAGGAUGCUGGCGUAGACAUUGACCCUCUUGGCGACUUGAAUACUGAAUCUGAAAGAAAACUGGGCCAAUUAGUUUUAGAGAAGUUUGGCACUGAGUUCUACAUCCUUCACCGUUACCCACUGGCUGUGAGGCCAUUUUAUACAAUGCCUUGCCAUGACAAUCCGGCAUACAGUAAUUCAUUUGAUGUCUUUAUUCGAGGUGAGGAGAUAAUUUCAGGAGCUCAGCGUGUUCAUGUACCAGAAUUCUUGGAAAAACGUGCAGCGGCUUGCGGAAUUGAUGUCAAGACAAUUGCUACGUACAUUGAUUCUUUCAGAUAUGGUGCACCCCCACACGGUGGAUUUGGAGUGGGCUUGGAGCGUGUGGUGAUGCUUUUCUGUGGCCUGAAUAAUAUACGCAAGACAUCUCUGUACCCGCGCGACCCUCUCAGGAUAGCCCCUUGAUAAUACAUUCAAUCAGUGGUCUGGAUGUUACCCUCAAUUUUCUUUGACGUGAAUGUAUUUGUGGAUUUAGCAGCGUUGAUGCUCAUUGCCCUGCAAAUAAAUCAUUAUUUGUCUGUUAAACUUACUUUGGAAAGCAUCGACUUUUUAAUUUCUUUUGAGUAA